GCAAAACGAAGAAAAUACAAAACCCGAACUGCAACGUUGGGUAAAAGCCAGUUUAGACUGCUAAUUAUUAGUUAAUAGCUAGUAAGGAAGACAAAUUCAAGAAUACAAUCAAGGUAUAAGUAGGGGCCAAGAGCAAAAAAGAACUGAUUUUGGAAAGAAGUAAAGAGUUUUGAAAAAACUAUAGAAUGAUUCCAAGGGCCUUUACUAAAUCGAGGACAAGUCACUGCUGUUGCAAGCUACGUCAGCUUCAGGCAAGUAAACUCUAUUCUACUUUUGCAUUGGGAUCGGGCCCUCAUGGUGUUGACGGAAGACUCCCUUAUUAUCCAUUUGGAUCAGAAGUUGAAUCUCGAAAAAAGGAAGACAGACCUUUAGAUAGUCAAAACCCACACAUAAAUCCAUCGAGUGAUACUGGAAUUGCCAUUACUGAUCCAUUCAUACUUUACCAAAACUAUAUAAACCAAGGGCUCUUAGAAAAAGAUGAGUUACAACUUCGAGUGAUGAAAGAGUUUCAAAAAUUGUACCAUAGGGUAGUUGAUUACACACCACCAGAGGAACUUUCGAUUAAGAUUAGUUUAUUAUUGAGAGAGAUCGAAUUGAAGAAUGCAGAAAGUGCAGCAAGAGAACUGGGGGCCCGUGGGAAGUUUUCUCCUUUAAGAUUUGAUGCUAUACAUAACUUAUUCCGUAAAGAUCCUGAAGCAGAGAAGAAACAAUUGGUUAAGGUCAUAACUGAUGAAGAAGAGUUGGCAAACUUUGCCUCGCCUCAAGGGAUCUUGAUUCACGGAGAAGUUGGAUGCGGUAAGUCUAUGCUAAUGGAUAUAUUUGCAGCCUCAUUACCUCACAAACUGAAGAUGAGAUGGCACUAUAAUAAUUUCAUUUUAUGGGUCUAUAGUGAGAUGCAUAAGAUCCAGAAGCAAAAAGUCUUCAUGGCAACAAUUACCAAUGGUCAAGGGAAGCAACGAAUGACUAUGGAAAACGAAUUCAUAUUAUUUGAAGUUGCACAAAAAAUGAUAAAUAAGAAUACGGUCUUAAUGUUGGAUGAAUUUAUGUUACCGGAUAUUGCUUCCGCUAACAUAAUUAAAAUUCUAUUUACUUAUUAUUUUAAACUAGGUGGUGUACUUGUUGCUACAUCUAACAAAUUACCGGAAGAACUUUAUUCCAAUGAGUUCCAUAAAACUAAGUUUAAAAGUUUUGUUGCAAUUUUGAAUGCCAGAUGCCAAACUGUUGAUAUGCGUUCCGAUAAAGAUUAUCGUUCGGUGUUUGCAUCUAACUCUUUGAAAGAUCCUAAUCUAGUUAUAAAAGAAGAGGAUAGCGACAGCCACGAAAGUAAUUGGUUGAAACUCAUCAAAACCAAGGCAUUAGGAUUACUGGAAGAUUCCGAAAUUGUUAAAAAUGACGAUAUCAAAAUGGACGACUCAAAAUUACAAGGUGAGCCAUCUUCAUUCACUGUUUACAAUAGAACCACCCAUUUACCGCUUACUUUCAAUUCGAAUAACGUGUGUUAUCUUAAUUUUGACUACAUAUGUCAAGGGUUGUUCUCCUCGUCUGAUUAUAUAACUUUGGCUUCAAAUUAUAAGACGAUAGUUCUAGAUAAUGUACCAGUGUUAACCACCAAAAUGAAAAACGAAGCAAGAAGAUUCAUUACUCUUUUGGAUGCAAUUUAUGAAGCAAAAUGUCAGUUUUUCAUGAGAAGCGAUGUACCCAUUGAUAACUUAUUCUUCCCCGAUGCAGUUGCCUCUAAAAAGGAUAUUGACGAAGCAGGAGAAAACAGAUUACAAGUACAAGAUGAAGAAAUGUUUGCUAAAACGGCCAUUGCUAUGUCUAAUCCUUAUAGACCAAACAUAGCAUCGUAUGAUCAAGAAAAUACUGAGACGUACGACGAGUUUACCAACAGUAUAAAGAAGGCAUUCGUUGGAGAUAAAACGCAAAAUGGAGAUCCUGAUAAUGAAACAGAUAACCGCAAGAUUGAUUUCAAAAACAUCAAGGCCUUCACUGGUGAAGACGAAAAAUUUGCCUAUAAAAGAGCCGUUCUGAGAAUCAGAGAAAUGGUCGGCUCAGAAAUCUGGAGAAGCACCAAUAGAUGGGUUCCUAUCGAUCAAAGCAUGAGGCCCUGGGAAUCUGUUGGAGGCGGCGACGAGUUAUAUUGGGGUAAACGCAGUAUCAAUGGUCAAUACAUCGAAGAAGAAGUAAGACAAGCCAAUGAAAAAAUGGACGAGCUUUUGAAACAAAAAAACUCAGUCACCAAGUCUUUGCAAAACGACCUACCAAGGAACGUCAGUGCCAGCCAUGGCAUUGCAUUCCGUCAAUUCAAUGCCCGAAUUGCUCCAGUCUUCAAAAACGUUCAACAUUUCUUUGGAUUGAACGGUUGGACAACAAAAUGGUUGAGAUCAAAGACCCGCAGCGACAAUUGAUUUAGACAAUUCAGGCACUUCGUACUAUCUUAGACCCUUUGUAUAGUUAAUUGAGCCACA